AUUCCAUAGUAUUUUGUAGAGGGAGUAUAAGGAUAUUAUAAUUCAUAAUAUAUCUAGUCUUAGGUAUUAUCUUUAUACCUAUAUAAAUAUAUACAAAAAUUUGCGUUUGAGAACAGUUAUAUUAUUAAAUUGAAAUUUGCAUUUGUUACACCCAUUGGCACAUUCUGGCAGCUUGUAAUUUUUGAUAUUUUUUUUUACUUAGAUGUUAUGGAUCCUUGGGUAGUUACACUUCAAGAAUGGUCACGUUUUUGUGAACAUUUUCAAGCCUUGAAACCGAUCGAUGGCAUGGUGACAGGGGAACAGGCCAAGGGGUUCCUUUUGCAGUCCAGAUUACCACCAGCAGUACUUGGCGCAAUAUGGGCCUUGGCUGAUACUGAUGCAGAUGGCCGUAUGAAUAUUGUUGAGUUUACUAUUGCUUGUAAGUUAAUCAGCCUUAAACUAAGAGGAUUAGAAUUACCUAAUGUCUUGCCUAGUAAUUUAUGGAAUUCCAUUCAAUCUUUCAACACUGUUUCAAAGGUGUCAUCUCCACUUCAUUCUAAUCCUCCUUCAUUGGCUUCUGGUGUGACACCUCCUAUGAGUUUACCUUUAACAACAGUAUCACCUACAAAUAUUGUACCAAAAAUUUCUCCUCCUAUACCACCUUCAGUUGCUUCACCAGCAACUGUCAUAAUAAAUUCCUCAGUUACACAGCCGGUUCCUGAUCAACCAAUCAAAUCUACACCAGUUUCAACACCAACUAUAUUAAAUAACGUUAUUAGCCAAGUAACGCCUUUAUCUAAGCCAGCAACUCCUGCUGCCCCGUCUCUCACAGGAACUCCAGUCAAUUCAAUGCCAAUGCCUUUGCCAAUAGAAUCUCCAGGGAAUCAAGAAUGGGCAAUACCCCACCAAUCUAAACUCAAGUACACACAAUUAUUUAACACAACUGAUCGCAUGAGAUCAGGUUUUCUGACUGGCGUACAAGCACGGGGACUUAUGAUGGCUACCCAACUGCCGCAAAAUGUUCUUGCCCAAAUAUGGAAUUUGUCUGAUAUGGAUAAAGAUGGUCAAUUAUCUUGUGAGGAGUUUGUCUUGGCUAUGUAUUUGUGCGACUUGGCUAAAUCUGGUGAAAAAAUUCAUAUUCCUUUACCUCCGGAGCUUAUACCUCCAUCAUUGAGAAGACAACGUCAAAGUAGUUUAACCGGUCCAAAUGAAGGUACACCAGAAUCUGAUUCUAUUCUCAUAAAUCAGACUACUUUUGAAGAUAAGCGCAAAGAAAAUUUUGAAAAAGGCCAGGCUGAAUUAGAACGCCGUCGUAAAGCUUUAUUAGAGAUACAAAGAAAAGAGCAAGAAGAAAGAGAACGAAAAGAACGUGAGGAACAAGAGAGAAAAGAAAAAAUACGAUUAGAACAAGAAAAAAGAAGGCAAGAAGAAUUAGAAAUACAGAUGCAACGACAAAGAGAGCUAGAGCAAGAAAGGGAAGAACAAAGAAAGAGAGCACAAGAACAAAGAGAAGCGGCUCGAAAAGAAAUGGAAAGACAGCGCCAGUUGGAAUGGGAAAAGCAAAAGUGCAUGGAACUGCAACAGCAGAGACAUAAAGAACAAGAAGCAGUUUUAAAACUUAAGGCAAAAAAUCAAAGCUUAACCAUUGACAUACAGCAAAUGACUGAAAAAGCCAAAGAACUAUCUCAGAAAAUUAGUGAAACUCGAGCUAGUGUGACGGGAGUAAAAUCAACUAUUGAUAGCAUGCGUUCAACACGUGAUACACAAAUGAAUGAAAUGUCUCGUUUAAAGUCAACACUAAAGGAACAAAACCAACGUUUAAUUUCUGUUAGCCAAGAAAAAAUACGAUUAGAGACAAAAAAUAAAAUAAAUUCUGGUGUUGAAACUGCAGAGUCCCAAGAGCAAGCACAAUUAACAAUUACUAACAAGCAAUUAGCAUUAAAAAAUUUACAAGAUAAAAUCGGUGAUCUUAAUUCAAAGAUUGAGUUAAAGAAGCAAGAUGUUGAAAAUAACAAUGACACACUUGAUCAGUUAAAGGCUCAGUUAACAAAACUUAUCGAGGACUGUGAACAAAUUUAUCCUAACUAUAUUGAGCAUACUCAAAAAGUUGUUGCAAUGAAGAAAACAAAAGCGAAAGACAUGUCAUCAUGGGGUGAUGAUGCAUGGAAUGCAGCACCAACUACAGAGUGGCCUGUAGAUUCCUCGGCAUCUAAUUUAGAAUCCAGUGCCUAUAAAAAGUGCCGGGCUCUGUAUGAAUUUGAAGCUCGUAAUGCUGAUGAAUUGUCAUUUCAACCUGGUGACAUUAUUAUGGUUCCACUUGAACAAAAUGCAGAGCCUGGAUGGCUGGCAGGAGAGUUAAAAAAUAAGACUGGAUGGUUUCCUGAAUCAUACGUAGAGACAGUUGAUGGUACAGAUGAUAUACGUAAUAUAAUAGCUAAUCGACAAGCUCCCUUAGAAGACAAUUUAGUAACUACUCAAAAACCAUUAGAUGAAAUUUGUGAACUUCCGGAAAAUGAUUUCGGAGAGAAUUACGAAACCAACUUCUCAUAUCCACCUACUAAACUCGUUAUUGGGCAAGGUACAGCAGUAAAAAUCACUGCUCAAGUAUUAAGUGAUUGGACAGGAACAGAUAGUUCCUAUGUAUCCUUAAAAGCUGGUGAUACAAUUGAAGUAUCUGAAAAUCAAGGUGAUUGGUGGUAUGGCAAAACCUCAGAUAACAGUUCUGGUUGGUUUAAUAAAAAUUUGGUCAAAGUAAUUGAAAAUCUAGUCAAUGAUACUAAUAUUCCAACUCACAAACAAGAGUAUUAUACUGUUAUAUAUCCUUACGAGUCAGUUGAGCCAGGUGAUUUGAACCUGUACCAAGAUGAGGUGGUGUUAGUCACAAAAAAAGAUGGUGAUUGGUGGACAGGAACAAUUGGUGACAGAUCUGGAGUAUUUCCUUCAAAUUAUGUGCAACUUCUUGAGCCGCAACCUCAGGGACCUUUAGUCAAGAAUCCUCCAUUAGAAACUGCUACUUCUGUAAAAUCAGAAACAUCUGUUACUUCCUCUCCGUUGACCACGCCUAUACAGUUGGAAUCUCAGAAAAUAGGAGGCAGUCGAUCUAUUACCCCAGAUUUAGCAUCAACUAAGAAAGAAGGCAGUGCGGCUGAAGAUAGUGAAAAUGAUGACAAGGUUACAAGAGGUUCAAAAAAAGCAGAAGUGGCAACUGUAAUUGCUGCUUACACUGCCACAAGUGCUGAACAACUAAGUUUACAACGUGGACAGCUAGUGAAAAUUAGAAAAAAAACAACAACAGGAUGGUGGGAAGGAGAGUUACAGGCAAAAGGACAAAAACGACAAAUUGGAUGGUUCCCGGCAUCAUAUGUUAAGCCAUUGGGAAAUACUGGUAGAGCCCAUUCACCAGCUAAAAAAAAUAGUUCUUCAACUGUGCCUGUAACAGCAGCUAUUCCUUCUACUAAUGCAAAAGAAAAAGUCAUUGCACUUUUUCCAUUUAAUGCAGUACAUAAUGAUGAACUAUCUUUUCAAAAAGAUGAGAUAAUAACUAUUGUGUCAAAAGAUGAACAAGCCUGGUGGAGAGGAGAAAUAAAUGGCAAAACUGGCUUAUUUCCCAGUAAUUACGUAGCACCUCUAUCUGAAGUAACAAUUCAGGUGACUUUAAAUAAAGAAGAACGGAAACGACAACAACAUAUAUUAGAGUUGAUUAACACUGAACAAGCUUACAUUGAAGAUAUGAUUUCUGUCCACGAGGUUUUUGAAAAACCACUGUAUGAAAGCAAAGUUCUUACCACUACCGAAAUUCGACAAAUUUUUAUCAACUGGGAAGAAAUUAUCGAAUGCAAUCAAAUGUUUUUGACAUCUUUAAGGGUACGCAGAGAUAUGAGUCCCGCAGGAGUUAUACGAAUAGUUGGCGAUAUUUUGUGCGAACACUUUCCGAGAAUGACACGAUAUGUGCGAUUCUGCAGCUGUCAAUUGAAUGCGGCCAUUACUUUACAAAAACUUACAGAAACUAAUCCGGCUUUUCGCGAAGUUACUAAACUUUGUCAAAGUGAUUGUCGAACUAAGGGAUUACCAUUGAGCUCCUUCCUCAUAAAACCUAUGCAGAGAAUCACUAAAUAUCCCUUACUUGUACAAAAAAUUUUAGAAAACACUCCGGAUUCUCACCCAGAUCGUUUACAUUUAAACGAGGCAUUGGCUAAGGCAGAAGAAAUAUGCCUUCAAGUAAAUGAAGGUGUACGAGAAAAAGAAAAUUCAGAUAGACUGGAAUGGUUGCAAACGCACGUGAAUAGUGAAGGAUUAACUGAACAACUGAUUUUUAAUUCGUUAACAAAUUCUUUGGGAUCAAGAAAGUUCUUACACUACGGUAGUUUAUCUAAGACUAAGAGCGGUAAAGAAUUAGUAGGUUUCUUAAUGAACGAUAUGGUGCUUUUGGUCAAACCUGUAAAACCGACAACUUUAAGUGGACAAUCAUUCACAUUUGAUAAGUUUUCCGGACAUACGUUCAAAAUUUACAAACAACCAUUUUUACUAUCGAAAUUAAACAUUAUUGAAUCAAUGAACGAUUGUGCUGAAUUCCGUCUGGAGUAUGAUAAUACGCCUAUAUUACUGACCGUUCAAACGUCUAGUGAACGUAACUUAUGGAUGAAAAAAUUAAACGAAGCAAAACGCAUUUUAAUUGCCAGUGAAAGUAAUCAAAAACAGUUAAUAGAGUCAAAAAAAGCAGAUUUUGGAGCUUGUGGUCGUGUUCUUGUUUUUAUAAUGGACGGCAAGAAACUCCAAACCCCAAAAAAGGGAAAACGAGCAGUAUUCUGUGAAGUUAGCAUGGGAUCGCGUAAACAGUGUACACCAACAAAUGAAUCUACUGAUCCAAAAUGGGAUACUUCAAUGCAAUUUCUUGUUAAAAAUAUUCAAGAUGAUAUUCUAUGUAUUACUGUUUUUAACAAAGGUUAUUAUUCUCCUGAUGAAUUUUUAGGUAGAUCUGAAAUUCGUGUAAUGGAUAUAAUACAAGCUACAAAAAAUAACAAAGGACCUCUGACUAAACAUCUUCAACUAAGAGAAGUACAGACUGGUGUAAUAACUUUAAAAUUAGAUUUAUGCUUAUUUGACAAGAAUAAUUAAAUUCCUAUCGUAUGUAACCAAUAUAACAUUUAUACAAUUUUUAUAACUUAUUGAUUUAGAUGUUUUUUAAU